GUGUGGGAAACGAGUGUAAAUGUUCCGCCGUGGUGUUGUCAAAAUGCUGAUUAUUUUUUGUGUGCAGCAUAAUCACGUUUGGUUUCCUUUACACUCGAAAUUUAGUUGAAAUACAAAUAGAAUAGAAAAGAGAAAGAAUGUUAUUUGAUGAAAACGGAGAAAUAAAAAAAUGGAUUCAGUAUAAAUUUUAAAGUGAUUGUAUAUUAAAAUGACAAAUAUUCACUAUUUAGAUAUAAUUUGUAAAAGAUUUUGAAAUCCAAGAGGCAAGAGAUAUUAAUUUGAAAACAUAUUUUCAAAGGUUAUAAAUCUUUUUUGAAUAGCAUAUCUCUAAGAGCAUGUUUAAUGGUAUAUCCCACAAUAGAGUCUUUUAGAUAACUUUUAUUAAUAAAAUAAUUAUAUAUUUAAAAUUUAUUUUAAUAAAAUAAAUCAUUCACAAAAUAACACAUAGAAGAAAAAUAAGAGACUAAGCUAGAGAUGUCUACAUCUCUUAAAUAAGAAAUAUAUCUUAUUUUUCUCUCAUACUUUUUACUUUUUUUAUAUUGUAAUAUUAAGAGACCUAGAUAAUAAACUUGCAUUAAACCUGUUCUGAGUAGAAACAAUAUAGGGGCACUGCAGUUAUUAGCAAAAGUUAUGGGGUAUCUAAUGGAUAGGAAAAGUUAUGGGCAUUACUAUAAAUAGCAAAAAUAUAGUGAAUGAACAGCGGAAGAUUUGGAGCAAAAGUUUCAGGAAAGUUAACACACAAAAUUAGAGAUAUGGGUUGACUUAUAUCCUAUGUAGGAUAUUUAAGUUUACCAAUUUGAUGCAUUUUUUUUUUGACAAAACCAAUUUGAUUCAUAUUAAUCUGAAUAAACUUGAUUUGAUCAUUUAUUAAACGAAUUAGAGUUUGAGGUGAUUUUGUUUAAUAGAGUGAAAAUAAUUAUAAUGAUGUCAAACACUAAUUUUAAGCAUGUGGUGUUUAGUUUUUUUUUUUUCUUUUUUUUGACGUCGCAUGUGGUGUUUAGUUUAGCUGUGACGUUAUUUAUAGUUUUAUAUAUUUGAUUUGUACUAUUUAAAAUUUAACACAGUAUGAUGUAUUAUAUAUUACUGUCUAUAGUUGAUAUUAACACGUUAUAAAAGAACGGCUCCAUCUUACCAAGUAAUUUGUAAGCUUUAUCUAUGCUUAGAAAACCCGUAGGCUGUAAUCAUUGUCAGGGUUGGCCCUAAUAUGUUUGUUAUGUAAAGCGGAACAUAUACCAUACCAAAUCAAACUUGGGUGUAGAUAAAAUGUUGUCUCAAAUAGUGUUUUAAAAACACGUGUUCUGAUUCCUAGCUUCAACGGUCUCUUAUACAGAAAUAACUAAAUAGAGAUGUUCACAGUAUUCUACUUUUAGCCGCGUGGUGAUCUCCGAUUGGUAAAUCUUUUGUCUUUAAAAUAAAAAAGAAUCACUAGGAUAUUUUUGUGAACAAACACAAAUUAACCCCGAAGAAAAUACAUGGCUUAAGAGAGCAAAAGAUAAUUUAGAUAUAUACUCGUUUAUGAUCUGCAUAUUGAUUAUGUGAAAGAAUAUUUACAAUCUUUUUGAUUCCUAUUUAUACUAAUCUCAAAAUCCAGUAUUAUUUUUCUCUUUAGCUAAACAUAUUUAGCAAAUGUAUCUUUCCUAAUCAUAAAAGGCAUAUUGUGCUGUGGGAGCUCCCCCAUAUGUCGAUCUUGAUCUUUGUCUAUAAUUUACUGGUGCAUAGUAAUAUUACUCAAUUCCAAAAUUGAUUGAAAAUCAACAAGAUCAUGAUUUAUGAGAUUAUGAGUCGAAACCAAGACUAUGAAAAGAUUGUAAAGAUUGGUUACUAUUUUAAUUUAGAAAGUUUGCCUUCAAGCUAUGACAACUUAAUCUCCGACGGAGCUGCAAGAAAAUGGUGAGUAAUUUUUAAGUUCACCGGAAAUUUGCAGAAAAUUUCCGACAAAAAGAGAUUCUCGACGAAUUUUCGGUAAGUUUGUUGGAAUUUUCUCAGAAACAAUGUGAAGUUCCGACAAAUACGUAUUUUCGGAAAUUUCUGGGUAAUAUUGUCGAAGAAUUUUGGGUUGUACCGACAAAUGAGCAUUCUCUGUGUUUGGUUGGAGUUGCAUCGGAAAGUUGACAGUAUUAAAAUAAAUUAUUUUUGUCCAUUUUCAUUGAAUUUCUAGAUAAAUGUUAGUCGGAAGUUGUCCACUACAAAAAUAAGUGCCAGUCCAUUGCAUGCAUAAAGAAAAUACAGAAAGAAAAUAAUAAUAAUAAUAAUAAUAAUAAUAAUAAUAAUAAUAAUAAUAAUAAUAAUAAUAAUAAUAAUAGCUAAACCUAAUAUUUGUGGUCAUGGGAAGCAUUAUGGCCUAGUGGUCAAGGUUUAAAAGCUUAUACACUAUGUUCGCGGUUCGAUUCUCAGAGGAAGCGUAGUUUCUUGCAUAUUAUAGUAUGCAUGCUUUUUGGAGGUUCCAGCGUGCUUUAUGUAUAGUUGUUCGGGUGGUCGUGUGCUGCAGAGAGAGCAUGUUUAUCGAAGAUGUUGUACAUGCAGAACCAUUCGUCGAUCCAAGUGUUAUGGGGAGAGCUACAUCGUGGAAUCGCUGUUCGUGAAGUUGUUCUUCAUGCUCGCAUAUGCUGCAUGUAUUGUUCUUCAAACCAAAGGUCCUUGAACCACCACCCUUGAACUCCUUGCACCACCACAAUGCAUCUCCUUCCACCACCGUCACUGCUAACUCCACCUCCACCAUCACGGCCAGGUCCAUAUCCUACAUCGGUACCAUCGCCCACUUCAUCGCUACCGUGCACCCUACACCCCACUAAUAUUUAUUGUUUUAUAGAUGUUUUAUAUUUAAUAUAUUUAUAUGUAUUGAAUAUUCAGUAAUUUUAAUAUUAUUUGAGUUUUUUUCUUUUUCUUAAUUAAAAAUAUUAAGUUGUCGUAAGUUUAUCAGGGUAUAUUUUUUCGGAAUAUCAUCAUAAUGGUCCUACCACUUUCUGACAAAUACUUCUAAUGGUAUUUGUGAUCGGAAUUUACCGAUUAUUUUCCGACAAAUGGAGUUUCUGAGACCCAAACUCCGACUAAAGUUUGAUUGUCGGAAUUUUUUCAAAACAUCUAUUACCGACCAACUUCAGAUGAAUAUGACUGUCAGAGUUUACACUUUAUUCUUGUAGUGAUAAAUAUAUUAUUUGCAUUUAUGCUUAUUUUAGUUUAUAUAAUGUUGCCUCUUUUGCUUUAUAAGUUUAAUGUAAUUUGUAAUACAAUUCAGACUGAAAUACUCUCAAACUACCGUUUUGAACCUUACGUUGAUAUGAGAAGCUGAAAGAGCUAGUCGCUUUCUGGAAAAACUACCUUGCCCAGAGUUGGACGCAGUAGCGGCAUUGGGUACAAGUUGUAGAAGCAUGUGCUUCCGGCCAUUUUUUAAAUAUGUUAUAUUUCGGCCUUUGAGUUGUAAAAAUCUCAGGUAGCAUAGUUGGUUUAUGCUUUGUUUAAGCGUGUUCUGUAUAUGCUAGGUUCAACGUUCUUCUCCAGCAUUUCUAUUUUUAUUAUUAUUUAGUUACUAAAUAAUAGGCCCAUAAUUUUUUUUUUGCUUCCAACCCUUUAUUUUUACUGACAUGACCUGGUUGGACAAAUUUUUUUAUGUUUCAGAACCCUGCAUUGUGCCCCAACCGGCAACAUUAUAGCACAUUAUUGUUUUAUGAUAUAAUAAAUUAGAUGAUUUUCUAAUCUAAAACCAAUUGAUAAUAAAUGUAUUAAUUUUAUAUGCUAAUUUUUUUAAAACUUUCGAUGUGAAACUUUAUUUCUAAUAUGCCUUUUGGACAUGAUGAUCUUUUAACCAUUAAUUUUGAAAUAUUAAGCAAGAACACAAAUUUUAGGUUGGAACGAAUAUGAAUCGGAUUAGAUUGCGUAUAUCAGGCUGUGGUAUUCUAUUAGAUUAGAUGAAUUGACAACAUAAAAUCAAUUGAUAAUAAAUAGAUUGAUCAAUUUUUAUAUAUUAAUUAGUUAAUAGGUUUUCCAAUUUUCUUAUGUGUGAUUUUGUUUCUAGUAUGACAUAAUUUGUUUAUAUGCUAGUAGUUUAUAUGGUGUCAUUUUGAUUGAUUGUGACGAGUCUCUGGCUGAAUUCAAACAUUUUAAUGGCUGGUUCUGUGGCGACAGACAAAAACUGUAUAUUCAGGGCGUACCAUGUUUUCUCUGGGGUACAAAACUGUUAGGUUAUUUAUCCUACAAAGAGGAAAUAAACACUUUGCACACUUGGAAAAGUGACCCACACAUCAAAACUCAAAAGUGACUAGUAUAAUAUACAUAUUUAAAAGAAUGCUCUUAUAUGUGUGUAUGAUAACAACUGAAAACAAAAUGAGAGCACUUAUGAUAUCUUUCUCGCAGAUCUUUUAGGUCAAUUUGUUUCUAGAUGGUUUAUCAAUGAUGGAAUUUUGUUUAUACAGGGAUGUUAAUAGUUAUAUACAGGAUUGCCCUACACAAACACAGCCACACACUCACUCAGGACAGGUCAAAAACUCUCAUAAAGGUUUAACGAGUGAAGAGUCAGCAGCCAAGCCAAAAGGGUCAAGAUGACACGUGGCAUGCAGCAUGCUAGUGAAUGAAUACCCCGGUCGAGAGACAAGGUGACUGGCCUUAAAGAAACAUUUGUCAAAAGAGGUUUCCGAAAAUGGAAAAUAAAACCGAAGCAACCGCUUUCAGCAAACCGCGAAUUUAAUAGAGACCAAAACGGUAUUCCAAAAACAGAAAGAUGGGUCCUAUUAUCCUAUAAGAGAGCUCAUGGCCCCGUGGCUUAAAUAUUAGUUCUAAUACUAUCACGUCACCUUCAAGCCUUACUUUCUUGUUAAGAAAAUCAUUUUCUUGUGUCAUUUUUUUUUCAUCAUUCAUCACCACUAGUUUUUGCCCUUUAUGUUUUGUCGUCUUGUUUUUUUUCUCCGAAGGUGUCUCUAUACUCAAUAGUGAGUAGCGUGUGGGAAUUGAGAGUGACGUUCCUUUGUAUAAGAUAUUCUAUAUUGAGAUACUUUUUUUUAACUAUAUUAAAGAUCUUUCUCCACCACGUGAAUAUAUUGAAGAGAAAUUUGAGCAUAUAACAAAAAAAACAUCUAUAUUUCACCAACUAACCAUAUAACUCUCUGUCUCCUAUUUUUCUUUAUAUCUCUCUCUAUCCUCUUACUCCAAAACUAAUAUUUUUUCCCAAUAUAGUCAUUCAGUAAAUUAAUCCUAUAUUUAAUCCACAAGUUUUUUUUGGAACAAGAACCACAAUUUUUUAUUGAUAAUAUUUGAAUUAUCUUAUCGAUAUUUGACCAAACAAAAAAAAAAUUUUAUUGGUAUAAUGGAUAUUCAAGUUAGAUUGUGUAGAUAAGAUUUGAUAUUCUAUUAAACUAGACAAACGGUCAACUAAAAAAACUUAUAAUGUGUGACUUUGGUAUAAUAUGACCGAAUUUCAUUAUAUGCUAGUAGUUCAUAUGGUGAUUUUGAUCGAUUGUGACGAGUUUCUGGUUGAAUCCCCUGCAUACACUUUAAUGGCUGGUUCUGAGGAAACAAACAAAAACGGUAGGACUUGUCAAAUUAUCUGAGGUAGAAAAAUACUAGGUUAUUUAUUCUUCAAAUGUGAAAAUAAACGUUUUUGUACCCUUGGAAAAGUGAAUCACACAUCAAAAGUGUCUAUUAUAUGACAUUUUUAAAAGAGUGCUCUUAUAUAUGAUACCAACUCAAAACAAAUAGAGUACUUUAUGAUAUCUUUUUUCUUAGAUCUUUAGGUCCAUUAUUUCUAGAUGGUUGAGCAAUAAUGACAUUUUGUUUAUUCAUGGAACUAGUUAAUAGAUAAAUACAGAGUUGUCCUACACAGUGCACACCACAAACACAGCCACACAUUCCCACAAUAAAGGUUUAACGAGUAAAGAGUCAGCAGCCAUACCAAAAAGGUCAAUAUUACACGUGGCGGCCUAUUAAUGAAUGAAAAACGCAUUCACACAAAACCGUGGGACCAUUAUAGCGUGGUCCUGUCCAGUUGGCACUCCCAGAGCCAAAAACACCGUGUUCUUUUCUAAAAACCAGCCCCACCCAUUUCCAAAUAUCUCAUGCCAAUAUAAACACCAACUCUCGCUCCACUUUUCUCAAACCACAAACUUUUAACUCUACCUGAAAAGAAGAUAAAAGAGAGAGAAAUAAAUAUCUUAUCAAACCAGUCAGAACAGAGAUCUUGUUACUUACUAUACUACACUCAGCCUUAUCCAGUUUUCAAAAAAAGUAUUCAACUAUGAACUCAGUCUCUACUUUUUCUGAACUGCUCUGCUCCGAGAACAAGUCUCCGGUUAAUACGGAAGGUGGUGAUUACAUUUUGGCGGCGAGCUGUCCCAAGAAACCUGCUGGUAGGAAGAAGUUUCAGGAGACACGCCACCCCAUUUACAGAGGAGUUCGCCUAAGAAAGUCAGGUAAGUGGGUGUGUGAAGUGAGGGAACCAAACAAGAAAUCUAGAAUUUGGCUCGGAACUUUCAAAACAGCUGAGAUAGCAGCUCGUGCUCACGACGUCGCCGCCUUAGCUCUCCGUGGAAGAGGCGCCUGCCUCAACUUCGCCGACUCGGCUUGGCGGCUCCGUAUCCCAGAGACAACCUGCGCCAAGGAUAUCCAGAAGGCUGCUGCUGAAGCCGCAUUGGCUUUUGAGGCCGAGAAGAGUGAUACCACGACGAAUGAUCGUGGCAUGAACAUGGAGGAGACGUCCGCGGUGGCUUCUCCGGCUGAGUUGAAUGAUACGACGGCGGAUCAUGGCCUGGACAUGGAGGAGACGAUGGUGGAGGCUGUUUUUAGGGACGAACAGAGAGAAGGGUUUUACAUGGCGGAGGAGACGACGGUGGAGGGUGUUGUUCCGGAGGAACAGAUGAGCAAAGGGUUUUACAUGGACGAGGAGUGGACGUUCGAGAUGCCGAGGUUGUUGGCUGAUAUGGCGGAAGGGAUGCUUCUGCCUCCCCCGUCCGUACAAUGGGGACAUAACGAUGACUUCGAAGGAGAUGUUGACAUGAACCUCUGGAGUUAUUAAUAUUCGUUUUUUUAAAUUUACUUUUGGACGAUAAUAUUUUAUUGAAUUUUGGAUUCUACCUAUUUUUUAAUGGAUAUCCUUUUUCUGGUAGUGUGAGAAACGAUUGUAAAUGUUUCCACAAAUGUGUUGUCAAAUGCUCAUGAGUAUUUUUGUGUGCAGCAUAAUCAUCUUGGUUGCCUUAUAUGCAACAAUUUUUUUUAAA